UGUCCUAGGUGACGUCAGAGCGUAGCUGAUCCGAGCCCGAGGUCUUCGUGGUUGCGGACGCACAAAGUCUGGCCUGACGGGCGGAGACACUCGUGCCUGCUGCAUUCAAUAGGCCAAUUUAGGAACACCAUAGAUUACGGAAAAAUCGCCCACAGAAGCGUGAGACAGGCUGAGAUUACAGCCAUUGUGACUGGAUAAUCAGCAGUCCAGCGGGAGGUGAUGCAGCUCCUGGCGCUGAACAGUCUGCCAGCGUCCAGGCUCCUGUCUGCACGGCUCGGGUAGGUGGAUGGGCGGUCUGGCCGCGGUACUCCUGUUGCUCUCACCGCUCUCCAACGGACGCACGCGGUAGACUUCGCCACCGUUGUUCAAUCCCAGUGUUUAAUUCUACAUCGUGGAGUAGUCUCGUCUUCAGCUCUCCGCAAUUAUUGAACUGAAUCCCCACUUCGCAUCUGUGCUCAUCUAACCUCCGUUAUUCAGCCCCAACAACAAACAUUGCCGUAACCGGCGUCGCGCACCGCUCAGGCGUCUGAAGGCUCAGUUCGGCCGAGACUUGGUUAGGAAGCAGGCAGCAUGGGGCAGAGCGAAGCCAAGCUGGACAAGAAGACAGUGGAUGAGCUGGUGCGGCUGACGGACAGGAGGUUCACGGAGCAAGAAAUCAGAGAUCUGCACAAGGACUUCCUGCGGGACUGCCCGUCCGGGAAGGUGACGCUAGCCGGCUUCAGACGUGUGUACGGACGGUACUUUCCGACAGGAACGGCGGACGAGUUUUCUGAGCACGUGUUCAGGACGUUCGACAUUAACGGGGACGGCGUGGUGGACUUCCGGGAGUUCCUGAUGGCCGCCAGCGCCACGUCCAAGGGCACGGCGGAGGACAAGCUGAGAUGGGCCUUCAGUAUGUACGACAUGGACGGGGACGGCUGCAUCACCAGGGCGGAGAUGGUCAAAAUAUUACAGUCCAUCCACAAGAUGAUGACGCCCCAGAUGAGGACAGCCUUGCUGUCAGACAAUUACUCCCCACAAGAACGGACGGACCAACUCUUCAAACUCAUGGACGCCAACAAGGACGACGAGAUCAACAUCAACGAGUUCAUCAGGGGAGCCCAGCAGGACAAGGACCUCAUCGCCAUGUUGACUCAAAACGUCGUGCAGUAGAAAACAAGGACAGCACUGAGUUUAUAUAGAUUCUACUGAUCUUUUUCCUUUUAGUUAGUGACUGUAGUUUGAAACAUUUCCAACAGGGGUCGCCUUAAGUCUUUAACAUUCUGCUCAGAUAGCACGAGCGAAAGGUGAUUAAUGUGAUGAAAGAUCAUAAUCCAUGGGGAUAUUAAAUUUUUCGACACGUCAUAACAAAUCUGCUCCAGGAUAUCAUUCUGAGGUAAGAUUUACGGAGUUUCUUUGCUCGGUAUGUCAUCUCUUCUCCGAAGACGAUUUCCCGAAGGAAUGAUAUUUUCACUAGGAUGUGUUGUUUAUUUUAAUUUGUUUGUUUGUUUGUUUGUUUGUUGGUAAGUGAAUAUGACAAACGCUUUGACAUAAUCUCUAGAAUAAUGGUGGGUAAGCAUUAGAGUAUGGAAAAAUUAGUGGAUGUUUUCGCUGUUAGAAUAUUUUUAUUACUGAUAUCAUAUGAUAUGUAUACGUAAUUUAUAUUUUGCAUUAGUUUUGGAUAUAUUUCAUGAUGGUUAGAGUAUUGCUUAGUAUUGAAUUUGGUACUGAUACAUCGAUCAUCAUUGCUUGUACCAUAUAUAUCCGUUUUACAAACGGAUUGGUAGAUGGCGCUUCUGUAUGUAUGAUUCGCGGUAAGCUUUUGCGUACAUGAACAGGUGUUUUGGAAAUGGAAGGGUAUAUAUAUUGAAAAGGGGAAACUAUCAACGCGGAUGCGGCUCUUCGUUUCUUUAUAUAUGUAGUACUAGUACUCACGGAAAGUUUUGUAAACACAAAGAACUUGACAUACAGAGUAGUUUGAAAACCAUAUGUGAUAUAUAAUGAUACGCUUCCCUAUUAAGUCCACAUGAGUAUGAAUAUCCACAAACACGUCAAAGGGAAUGGAAAGAUAGAUGCCGACUUAUUAGACUUUUGUAAUAAACAACUUAGAAGUUGUAAAUAGGGUUCAUUAACUUGUGUCGCCCGAACUGUUAUCUAACAUACCGGCAUCUGGCGUCACCGCGAGUGCAAUUGACUCAAUAGUAGGCAUAGACAUGUGCCUAGCUAGUAUCGGCAACCGUUGGUGUACAUGUAUAUGUCGUUACUGUCUGUUGUUAGAAAUAAAAAAAGC